AUGACACCGACGGUGAAAAACAUUAAACCUGGGUGGCAAUUUGAUAUUUCAUUAGCUGCAGAUAUAAAUUUGUGCCUCAUCGGUUAUUUGGGUGCAAAACUUGAAAUAAUCACGACAAACACUCAACAGGAUCUUGCUAAUUUAACAAUAAAAAUAUUUAUGCCUUGUUUUUUGUUUUCAAACAUUGUUUCCUCUAUUACCAUCGGAAGAUUAAUUAGUCUUUGGCCCAUUCCCGCCUUUUUCACCGUCUUUACAUUAAUUAGUACAAUUCUUGGUUUAAUUGGUGGAAAAUUAAUAAGAUUAAAUUGUGCUGAUAUAAAAUUUGUUAUAACUGGAAUUAUUUUUAAUAAUGUUACAAGUCUCUUUUUGGGUUUAUUAAAAGGUAUUGAGAAUACAAGUGCUGUCUUGAUCUUAAGUUGGAAAGAAAAUGAAAGUCCUAAACAUAUUGUCAAAAGAGGUACUUCAUAUGUACUGCUUGCCACUCUCUGGACUAAUUUGUUAAGAUGGUCUCUUGGUGCAUACUUGCUGAAGAAGGCUCCUGAAAAAGAUGAAGAGGUCAUCCCACAAAAUAGCCCCAGUACUUCUAAUCAAUUUCAAGCCAACAACGAUCAAGUUGAAAUAACUCCUCUAUUAGGAAUACAUCCAAUAUCAAAUAUAAAGACAUUCCUCACCCUCAAAUUCAUGAAUCCUCCUUUAUAUGCGGCUUUAUUAGCAUUAUUUUUUAUCGCUAUUCCUAAACUUAAUGCUUUACUUAUCGAUAAAGAUGCACCUCUUAUGGCUGUUUAUCAAGCAAUUGAUUAUAUUGGUUCCAUCGCCAUUCCUUUGACGCUAUUAACUCUUGGAGCAGAAUUAUAUAAUCUUCCACGUUCUCAUAAAGAACAUAUGGUUUCCAUGAUUACUUACGUUUUAACUUGUCGUUAUAUAAUAAUGCCAGUUAUUGGAAUUUUGUUAGUUUUAUAUACAACUUCUUAUUAUAUAAAUGAUCCUAUGUUGUGGUUUGUUCUAAUUUUGUUGGCUUCUGGUCCAACUGCUAUAAGUUGUGUUAAUUUGGCUCAACUUGCUAAUAAUUAUCAGGAAGAAUUUUCUGCUUUGUUGUUUUAUAGUUAUAUUCUUGCUACUCCAUUCGUUACUCUUGUGGUUGUGUUUGUUUUGUAUUAUAUCGAACGAUAUCAAUAA